AUGAUCUGGCCGCGCAUCCCGAGGGCCCCGCCGCACCUUGCGGGUGCGGGAGUAGCUCGCAGCUUGAGCCCGCAGGCCGCCGCAUCGCCGCACCAUCACCACCUCGCGAUACCACGACCACAGCAACGACAAGUGACUGCCACUGCCAGCAGCGCCCAGCAUCGCACAAUGUCGACACAGCCCGAGCAAAAGUCGCCCAAGUACGGCCACCUGCCGCUCAGCACCAGCGGCCCGCUCGAGUGCGCCCUCAAGGGCACCGUGCUGCUGAACCACCCCUACUUCAACAAGGGCUCGGCCUUCACCAAGCAGGAGCGCCGCGACUUUGGCCUCAUCGGCCUGCUGCCCGCCUGCAUCCAGACCCUCGACCAGCAGAUCCAGCGCGCCUACGAGCAGUACCGCAGCCGCGCCGACGACCUCGCCAAGAAUGUCUUUCUGACCUCGCUCAAGGAGCAGAACGACGUCUUGUACUUUCGGGCUGAUGUGGUGCGAUGUGAUGCGCCGUCAAAGCUGCUGCAAAAGCACCUGCCCGAGAUGUUCAGCGUCGUCUACACGCCGACAGAGGGCGACGCCAUCCAGAACUACUCGCGCCUGUUCCGCCGGCCGCAGGGGUGCUUCCUCAAUAUCCACGACAUCGACCGCGUCGAGGAAGACCUGUCCCAGUGGGGCAGGCCAGAAGAUAUUGACUACAUUGUCGUCACAGACGGAGAAGAGAUCCUCGGCAUCGGCGACCAGGGCGCGGGCGGCAUCCUCAUCUCGGUCGCCAAGCUGGCCCUGACCACCCUCUGCGCCGGCAUCCACCCCAACCGCACCCUGCCCGUUGUGCUCGACUGCGGCACCGACAACCAGGACCUGCUCGACGACCCGCUCUACCUGGGCCUGCGCGAGAGGCGCGUCCGCGGCGAGCAGUACGACCGCCUCGUCGACACCUUUGUCAAGGCCGCCCGGAAGCUGUACCCGCGCGCGUACAUCCACUUUGAGGACUUUGGGCUGGACAACGCGCGUCGGAUUCUCGACAUCUACAAGUCCAAGAUCCCCUGUUUCAACGACGACGUCCAGGGCACCGGCUGCGUCACGCUCGCGGCCAUCAUGGCUGGCCUGCACGUGAGCAAGCAAAAGCUGUGCGACUUGAAGAUGGUCAUCUUUGGCGCGGGCAGUGCCGGCGUCGGCAUCGCUGACCAGGUCCGCGACGCCAUCGCCGAGGAGGGCGGCAUCAGCAAGGAGGAUGCCUCUAAGCAGAUCUGGCUGAUCGACAAACCGGGCCUCCUGACCACCGGCAUCGACAACCUCUCCGCCGCGCAAAGGGGGUUCGCCAAGCCCAAGGCAGACUGGUCCGGCAAGGGCACCGACCUCCUCGGCGUCAUCAGGGAGGUCAGGCCCAACGCCCUGAUCGGCACGUCCACCAAGCCCGGCGCCUUCACCGAGGAGGUCGUCCGGGAGAUGGCCCGGCACCACGCCCGGCCCAUCGUCAUGCCCCUGUCGAACCCCACGCGCCUGCACGAGGCCAGGCCCGCCGACAUCCUCAGGUGGACCGACGGCAGGGCCCUCGUCGCCGCGGGAUCGCCCGCCGACCCCGUCAAGGGAGCUUGGGGCAAGGAUGGAAAGGAAGUGACGAUCGAGGUCGCCGAGUGCAACAACUCGGUCGUCUUCCCGGGCAUCGGGCUCGGCGCCGUGCUGAGCCGGUCCAGGCUCGUCACGGAGAAGAUGCUCGUCGCAGCCGUCGAGGGCGUGGCCGAGGCGAGCCCCGCUCUUAAGGAUCCGACUGCACCCUUGCUGCCGGGCGUGGAUGUCGUCCGGGACGUGAGCGUGCGGGUGGCGCGCAAGGUCAUACGGGCUGCUGUCGAGGACGGCCUGGCUACGGAGGAGGGCAUACCCCGGGACGACAAGGAGCUGGAGGAGUGGAUCAGGGAGCAGAUGUGGGAUCCCGUGUACAGGCCGCUCAAGCUCGUGGACAAGGCCGGGGCUAGCAGGCUGGCACGGGGUGAGAUGAGGGUGGUUGGGAGCCUGGGUUAG